AUGGCCGAGAAUGACAGCACGUCGCAGACCCGGGCCAAGGCUCGACGAGGUCUGCUGCCUCCAGAACUGAUCGAUGUCGUUGUGCCAUCAAUCAAAGUUGGCGGAUUGACAGGUGCGGCUGGUAUAUUCACUGGCAUCACGGCGGGCAUCAUACGCGAUGCCUCACCGGCGUUGUUUGGCAUCGCGUCCGGCAUACAAUGGUUCACCCUUGGAUCAACCUUUUGGUUGUCCAGGACAGUCGCCAUCAAGGCAUGGGGAGGUGAAGCAGUCAUCAACAAGACUGACAGGACAAAAGCGAGUGCACUGGCUGGCGGCACCGCCGGUGCCGUUGGCGGUCUCAUCCGCGGUCCAAGGAAUAUUCUGCCUGGCUUCAUCAUAUUUUCACUCGCCGGUGGCAUAGGUCAGCUUUUUACCAACAGCGUUGUGAACGCUCCCGCCAACCCCAACAGCAAGAGUAUUCUGCAGUCAAAAUGGAGUCCUCUCAAGAAGCUCACCGACGAUGAGUAUCGACACCUCAUGGACGAGAAAGUUCUUCGCAUUGACACGGAAAUCGCCCUCAUUGAUGACAAGAUUGCUGAGCUCCGGGCCUCCCAUCAAGAAGCAGGGAACGGACCAUUGCCGCCACCAGUUAACGAUGCGAGCCCGAAAGCCGCCUGA